GGCCCCGCGCGGGUUAGGUCUCGCUCCGCCGGCGGGAACUAAAUCUGGACGGGGCGCGUGAGGCUGCCUUGACGGGUCGCCGGAGAACAGUGGGAAGGCGACCGCGUGGAGGCAGCGCGCGUGCCAGGCGGACGACGCGCGUGCCAGACGGACGACACGACCAUGGCUGAGCUCGCGGCGGCCAACGGCUCGGCCCCGCUGCUGGACAUCGCCGCCUUCGUGGAGGAUAACCUGGGCCCCAAGCACCUGCCGCUGAAGACAGUCAUUCCCAUGACUAUUUUCUACUCGCUCAUUUUCGUGUGCGGCGUUGUUGGCAAUGUGAGCACGUGUCUGGUGAUUGCAAACAACCAGUACAUGCAGACGGCUACCAACAUGUACCUGUUCAACCUGGCAGUCGCUGACAUGCUGACCCUGCUCUCUGGAAUUCCGGCCGAGUUGUACGUGCUCUGGCAACAGUACCCAUGGACUCUGGGCGACAUCGUCUGCCACCUGAAAGGCCUGAUCGCCGAGACGACGGCCAACGCCUCCAUCCUCACCAUCGUAGCGUUCACGGCCGAACGCUUUCUCGCCAUCUGCUACCCGAUGCGCACGACGUCGCGCUCCAAGCUGGUGCGUGCAUCGCGCGUCAUCAGCAUGAUCUGGCUCAUCAGCAUCAUCACGGCCGUGCCGUCCACCAUCUACCACGGGUGGCCGUGGUGAUCGUCUUCUUCCUGUGCUGGGCGCCGUUCCACACACAGCGCCUGCUCUUCGCCUACGUCACGGUGUGGCAGACGUGGUCCAGCGAACGUCUCCGCACCGCCAACGAGUGGCUCUUCUAUGUGGCAGGCGUCCUGUAUUACUUCAACUCGGCCAUCAAUCCGGUGCUCUACAACGUGAUGUCGAAGCGGUUCCGCGUGGCGUUCCGCGAGACGCUGUGCUGCCGGCGGCGUCGGCCGGCGCGGCGCACCUCCAAGAAGAUGCUGGCCGUGUUCCGGCACAGCCACAGCUCAGAGCGAGGGCGCACGGCAGCCGGCAUGCCCAGCUGCGACGAGCUGGCUCUGCAGGCGCGACCGCCGCACCCCGGCGUCCAGCUGUGCUGCGUGCACUGCGGCGACAACGUCUCGCCGCGCAACCGCUCGGAGCCGGCGCACCUGCGCCACGUGCGCCGCUCGCCGUCCCCCGCCGACUCGGUGACGACGAGACGCGCCGAGCUGGCUGCCACCGAGCUCAGCGAGAACGGCGCACCGGCCGGUCGCGUCUGCGUGCUGCUCGAGAGCGACGGCACGUACCAGCGCGUGCCGCUCGAGGCGUCAAUUUAG